AUGGGUAACACAGAAUUAAAACCUUAAAUUAUUCAUUCAAAUCAAUGGGUAAUGGUUAAACAACUCAAUCAUCCUUAAUAUGGACCAAUUAAAGUAUUUAAGAACUGUUAAGAUAAAUAUUAAUGUUUACGGACAUUCAUGGUGUAGGAGGAUGAAGCAAAGAAAAUGUAUGAUGAAUUCUAAAAGUUGAACUAGGAAUAAUACAAUUUAGUUAGAAUAAACAAAAUUGAACAUGAAGUAGAAUCGUAAUUGUGCUCAACAUUUCACAAAAUUCAUUUAACAUUAGAUUAUACAGAAAAACACUUGAAAAAUGUAUAUCAAAUAAAUGUACAAAAAUUUAGUGUGGAUAUCCUAAAAACAUUAAGCUAUUUAGAUUCAUAUAAAGCUGACACAUGCUAAUUUUGUCUAUCAAAAUUACUACUUUUUGGAGAUUAAGUGAGAAUAGUCUAUCAACAACUGCUUUCAUAACAAGGGGAUUAUUAGCGUAUACUAUCUGGAGAUUUGAAGUGUGAAGAUUGGUAUUUCGCACCAGAAGUGAUGAAAUGCUUAAGAAUGAAUGAUUAAAAAACAUUCAAUAAUGAAAAAGCCACUAUAUUUAAUUUUGGAUUAAUUAUGAUAGCAAUAUUCACUGAAGUAACUCCGUAUGAAGCAGAAAUUUAUAAUUAUGAGAAAUGUUGUUUGACUGAAAAAUUCGAUAAAUAUAUUAAUUUAUUUACCCAAUUUCAUAUAAAUAAAAAAUUGGAAAAGCUAAUCUUAGCCUGUGUUAGUUUUAUACCUGACAAAAGACCAACUUAUUAAUAGUUAUUGGAUUAAUUUAGUGAUCCAUCAAUAUUUGAAGAAUAAGUUGAAGAUUAAUCACCUUCACCAUAGAAAACUGACUCCACUUAUUUAGUUCCCACAAAUCAAUUGGUAUCUUUCAAUCCAACAGUAAUGGAUGAAAGAGUUUUAUCUGAUACAACAAAUAAAAAAUUAAAUGAUAAUCAAAAUAGAAUAUUAAUGAAGAAGAUAGACUAAGAGAAGCACUAGAACACUCCAAUUUGUUAAUCUCCUAAAUUUAGAUAAGAAAGUAUGUAGACUUAAACCACAAUUGGAAAUUUGAGAUCCACUAAAUUAUAUGAUUUGGAUAAAUUAUAAAAGUCGUCCAGGAAUAAAUAAAAUUAAAGCAAAUCUCAAUAAAAAAAAACUUUGAUUAUAAAAUAUGAGGUAUUAACUUACUAAAUUUUGAGAUUGGUUCUCUGUUAUCUCACUUCUUUUGUCUAUUGUUGGUGGGAAGUCGGUCAUAUGAUGACAGCCCAAAUUGCAAAGAAUUAUCUUAGGGAUAAUAGACCAGAUGUCUUAGCUUGGGCAGACUCACUAGUUUAAGACUUCAAUUCCCUUACAGAUGGUAAAUCCAAUACCUUUGCUGAGGCAGCUGUAUGGUUAGAUGAUAUAAAAGAAACUGGAACUGAAUUUCUAUUCAGUUGGCAUUAUACUGAUAGACCAAUCAAUCCUGAUGGAUUAUUGAUAAAGAUUGAAGAUGAAAGUCGAAAUAUCAAUUCUAUAUAUGCUAUAAAUCAAGCAGUGGCAGUUUUAACUAACUCCAAAACUUCUAGAAAUCGACAUACAGUUUUUAAAGCAUAGAUGUUGAGAGUAUUAUUGCAUGUGAUUGGUGAUAUUCAUCAACCUUUACAUGAUACUUCUUUGUAUAAUAAUAGCUAUCCUGACGGAGAUGCAGGUGGCAACUUUUUGAAUAUCUAAUUAUAAAAUGGAACACUGAUGAACUUUCAUUCUUUCUGGGAUUCUGGGGCUCUCACCUUUGCUCCUAAUAAUAGCUUUCUGGCAAGGCCUUUAAGUUAAUCUGAUAGUGAGUAUUUAGACAAAUGGUCAAAGGAUUUGAUGAAGAAGUUUCCUAUAUCAAAAUACAGCAAUUAUGAUAUGACAAAUCCCUCUGUUUGGACUUAUCUUGGCUUCAGAUAGGCCCAAUAAUUUGUAUACCCAAUGGUAGCUGCAUCAAAUAGCUACAGCAGCGAUUAUGAAAAACAGGCCAUUGCAUUUUGCGAAGAAAACUUGAUUGUCGGAGGAUAUAGGUUAGGAAGCAAAUUAAUAGAAAUCUAUGAUCAAAUUUUACAAAAUGAGGCUAACCUUUCAGUAAGUGAAUGAUGAUAAAUAAGUAUUAUUAUUUAUGCAAUUAUGCA